ACUUCUGACGUUCCAAAGCCUCAGGGAGUUGGCUCAAGAGUUCUUGUCUUUGAUAAGGUCCUAGAAACUUUGUUGUAACUUUGUGAUCUGUAAAAUCGCCAGUAAAAAUUAUUAGAAUGUUUUUAGUUUUUUUCACCGCGGCCAUCAAUUCACCAGCCUCUGAAAACAUGAAAAGAUAAAGGAUGAAUAUGUGUUGGUGAAUUUGAAUGCGCUGUGUUCUUUUUGAAAGGGAAAGGGGGAGUAUUGUUUUCUAUGUUGCUUCCGGGACUAGGCUGUCGGUUCCUUACUUUGAAGUGCGCUGUUUUACGCUGAGCCCAGAACGUAUUGGAAUAGCCUACAGGAGAGACCUACGGUAUGGCAUGGCAGACUGAAACAUUUGCAAAGAAAAGGGGGAAACUAAGCAGGAUUUUUUUCCCCCUGGAAAACUACAUUUUUCUUUCUGCAGCUAACACGAAAAAAAUCGGACUGUGAAGGGGUCUGUCGUGGAAUCGACUAUUGUGGAUUAUUUUUCUGUGGAUAAAAAAACGGAUACUUUUGGAAGACCGAACUCGUGGAUCGAUGAGAGAAGACUGGCAGAGAAGCUCCCCGGCUGACUAUAGAGAGUGAGGAGAUUGUUGUAGCGCUCAGGGGCGAACAACGCACAGGAUUUCUGUUGCUGCUGCCUUCGGAGCCAUGAGCAGAGCGCUUAUAUCGGACCAUAUCGCCAAUAGCUUCCGAGAAGAUGCUCCCCGUCCCCCGGUCCCGGGGGAGGAGGGCGAGGUGCUGCCGUGCUACCCCGGCAAACUCGCCAUGAUGAGACCCCAGGGUACCGCGGUCAAAGCGCUUUUGCUCGCGCCUCCCGGUUACAUUGCGAAGAGGAACGAGGAUGGACUUGGGGAACCCGAGGGGAGCGCGUCACCGGAUUCGCCGCUAGCCCGGUGGACCAAGUCGUUGCAUUCUCUUCUUGGGGACCAAGACGGUGCUCAUCUUUUUAGGACAUUCCUGGAGCGCGAGAAAUGCGUCGACACUUUAGACUUUUGGUUCGCCUGUAAUGGUUUCAGGCAGAUGGACCUCAAGGAUACCAAAACGCUGCGAGUCGCCAAAGCUAUUUACAAGCGCUAUAUUGACACCAGCAGCAUAGUUGCCAAGCAGCUCAAGCCUGCGACCAAAACCUUCAUUCGGGAUAAUAUCAAGAAGCAACAGAUUGAUUCGGCUAUGUUCGACCAGGCACAGACUGAGAUCCAGACCAGCAUGGAGGAGAGCCCCUACCAGAUGUUCUUGACCUCGGACAUUUACCUCGAGUAUGUGAGGAGCGGGGGCGAGAACCCUGCUCAUGUGAACCCUAACGGGCUAGGUAGCCUGAAGCUGGUGUGUGGGUACCUGCCCACCCUGAAUGAGGAAGAGGAGUGGAGUUGUAAUGAUUUCAAAACCAAAGCGCUGGCUUCUGUGGUUGGACUUUCUGCAAAGGCGCUGAGGGCAACCGUGUCUAUGAGGACGGUGGAGGUGAUGGAGAAGGGGUACAGGUCCCACAGGCGAGGGGACCCGGUCAACCCGUACCAUGUGGGCUCAUUUGCCCCAGCCACCAGCACCAACGACAGCGAGGUGUCCAGCGACGCCACGACAGACGACUCCAUGUCCAUGACCGACAGCAGUGUAGAAGGCAUCCCUCCCUACAAGCUGGGCUCCAAGAAGCACAUGCAGAGAGAGAUGCAGCGCAACAUGAGGAUGAACAGCCAAGUCUCCCUACCUGCCUUCCCUCGGACACAGAGAUGUCCUAAGGAGAUGACUCCGGUAGAGCCGGCAGCGUUUGCGUCUCAGCUCAUCUCUCGUCUGGAGCGUCUGAAAAGAGAACAGGAGACCAUGAGUUCCCUGGAGGAGAGGCUGCAGCAGAUGCAAGAGGAGGAGGAGAGGGACGAGGCUGAGGUGCCCGGCAGUAGUGCCCCCCUGUCCCUCCAGCCCAACGACGAGGACCCCCAGGCCAUUCUGGAUGACCACCUGUCCCGUGUCCUAAAGACCCCUGGCUGCCAGUCCCCCUCCACCGUGGCCCGCCAUUCACCCCGCUCCCGCUCUCCAGAGCACAGGACUCUUUCCCGGGGAGGCCCCGGUCUCAAGCCCCUGGUCUCACCCGGGGCCUCCAGCCCCAGUGGCACCUCCAGCUUAGGGGGCUUCUCAGUAGGUUUCACCCCAGGAAGGGCCCUCUCCCUGGGCAGGCCCAGCAGCAGCACCAAGCACAUCCACCACCACUACAUCCACCACCACGCCGGUUCCAAGAGCAAGGAGCAGAUGGAGAGAGAGGCAGCCCAGAGGGUGUUGUGUCUGUGUCCGGUGCGGUCUGGAGGGGCGGAGGGGGGUCCCCCUUACCCACGCAGUCGCAGCCUGGGCAGGGAGAUGGUGUCCUGUGGCAGCAGUCCCGCAGAGUCCAAUAUGGGGCGCUCCAGUUCCCUUUCCCGAGGGGGUUGUCGGUCCGGGGCUGAGGAGGGGGCAGCAGAGGGGGGUGAGGUCGUGCCCCUCCAGCGACCCAGCGACAGCACAGACCGCUCCCAGAACGUCUGGCAGUGGAUCCUGGAGAGUGACCGGCAGGGCAAGCACCACAAACCCCACAGUACCCAGAGCACUAAGAAGGCGUAUGGCGGCGGAGCGGCGUCCAACCAGACACACACGUGGGGCGGCGGAGGUGCCAGCGCCCAUCUCCGUGCCCACCAGCCCGCCCAUCCCUUCAUCCAGGACCCGGCCAUGCCCCCCCUGCCCCCGCCCAACACCCUGUCCCAGCUGGAGGAGGCCUGUCGCAGACUAGAGGAGGCCUCCGUCUCCAAACCCCCAAACAGAGGUAGGAGCCGCACCAGACACUCUACAUCCAGCCUCCAGAGAGAGAAGUGCCACCCUAUGCCUCUCCAGAGUGGGCCCUGUCCAGUGCCACUGAGAGACACCAACAGGGUGCUGCAGGUGACGACAGGCUGCCAUGUUGCUCCAGCCAUGGGGAGUGAGACAGAGGUAACCUACUUCUUCUGUGGUGAGGAGAUCCCCUACCGUAGGCGGAUGAAGACACACAGCCUCACACUGGGACACUUUAAAGAACAGCUCCGCAAGAAGGGACACUACAGGUACUACUUCAAGAGGGCCAGUGAUGAGUUUAAGUGUGGAGCCGUGUUCGAGGAGGUGUUGGAUGACAGCUCUGUUCUGCCCAGGUACCAGGGGAAGAUCCUGGGCAAGGUGGAGAGGAUGGACUGAUACCCCUCCAGAAGUACCAGAGGAAUGUAUAACAGAAACACUCCAUGGACACCACCCCCCUGUUCCACCAGAGAGUCUUAAAGCUAAGGACUGAGGACUGGAGAUUCUGUUGAAGAAGCUUGGCCAAUGAAGGAUGGAGAAGUGGAGUAGUGGAGAAGUGGAGUAGAGGAGUAGUGGAGUACAGGAGUAGUGGAGUACAGGAGUAGCCAUCAACAGUUGACUUUACAGGACUAUUUAACAACAUCUCGUCUUGGAGAUGAAAGAGGAGAAAAUGGGUGGGUUUGGAUACGGGUGUUGGAUUCCAGAAACUAUACGUGAAUUGAAUGACCACUGUCUGAGGGAGUAGGCGGGGACCUCUGAUACCUGAGAGACUGCUAGAGGUGAAAGGUUGAGAGGUGAAAGUUGGGACUGGUGCCCUAUCUGAGCCUGCCUCUACCAACAACCCUAGAUGUAUAUGCAGAUAGACAUAUAAUGAUUUUUUUGAUAAAUGUAAAGAGUUUAUAAAUAAUUUAUUGAAAUGUCACUCCCCUCCCCAUAGUCCUGUGGAUGGACAAGCUGCUUGGAGAAUUGGGAGAUGUCAUCUCCAAUAUUUCAAAUGCAAAGUAUUUAGUUUUCCACCCUCCACUUUCCUGCCUUGUCAACUAAUCCUGUGGCAGUGUUUUCUGUUCUGAUCAGUGACUUCCUGCCCUAACUUCAGUGUGGUAUAGUGCAGGUACCACAGCCCUGUAGUCUCAUCUCUCAGUGCCUUUGUUUUGUUGCCCAGGCUUUGCACAGGGAACGAGCCCACACUUAGGACAACACUACCCCCGAACUGGCCCUAAACUGGCCCAGAGCACCAAACUACCCCAAAUUGCAGAAACAUGCUAACACAGAUUUACACCUAUUAAAGACAAGCCCACCAAAUGAAUCUAUACCAGCCAAGCUCAACAGUUGUUUUGUGUAUAGCCACCCCUCAUUCCUUGAUGUCCAGGCUCCUGAGCAGAACGACAGAUCUAGGGGUGUAUUCAUUAGGCCGAACGGAAGGAAACUGACAAACUGGGAGGGACUACCUUUCCUGGAUCUGUCCAAUAAGAAACGCACAUUUUCAUUUUGUUUAGCAAAACCAGUUCUGAUACGUGUCCUAAUGAGUAUGUCUGCCUUCGGGUGACUAGUCGUCCCCCCCCCCCUCCAAAAAAAAAUGUUUUGUCCCCCCACAAAUGUUAGUGGUAUUUACACCUCUGAUUGUGUUGAAUUGACCAGUCUCUCCUGUGUGUCUUGUUGACCCUUGACAGAGGAAGAGGUUAUGAUGCUAACACACACUACGAUGCUGCGUCUGAAAUGGAAGCCUAUUCCCUAUGACCAGGGCAAGAGUAGUGCACUCCAUAGGGAAUAGGGUGGCGUUUGAGAGGAAGCCGUAGUGUUUAACUGAGUACAGUAGCUGUGCCUACAUGGGUCCCUUUACCGUGUUACUACCCUGUUAUCGGGGUAUGAUACUCCCUUGGUUUUCACAAGGGGCUUAUGUUCAAAAGAGAUUUUAUUACUAUGCCUUUUUACGAUCUCCUUGUAAUCACGUUUGUUUGAUAUUUUUCAUGGCUUUUUUUUGUUUUAGUUCCACUUGUAUUAAAACUGUAAAUGAUGCAUUCUAUUCUGUAGAGCUCCAUUGGAAAGAUGCCUCGGUACUUUAAUUAAUGUCAUUAUUAUUAUAAAGAGAUGUAGCCUUUAUUAAAAUGUUAUAUUUUUCAAAUGAAA